UAAUCUUUUUUCCCAUUUUCCAAUUCACUGAACUUCUCAUUCGCUUUGAGACUGAAUCUUGCGCGGAAAGCAGUUGCUCAGCAUCCGCCGAGCAGAAUGGAUGCUGAGAAAGUGUUCUCAGAUCUCAUGAGCAGAGCUCUGAGUGCUAAAGUGGACCUUAGUGAAUGCCCCAGUAUUAGAAAUAACAAGAAUUUGGAGAUAUUUCCUCGCAAAUUCAAAAUCGUCACUGCGUUUUUCAUCCUUGUAUCGCUAUUCUGGAUUUUUCGCGAUGACUUGUUCUUGGAUCAAUGCAUUAUCGCGAUGCCUGAUGAACUGAGUAAAGCCUUUCGUCCACCUGUUGAGUGCGAUUUUUGCAUGGGAAAGACAGAAGUUAUUCGUGCUUAUGACCUUUCCCCUGAUGCUUUCGAGAGCAACUUUGCUUAUCAAGGAGGACCUAUAAUCAUUGUCGAUGCUAUGAACAACUGGACAGCACCGGAGGUGCAAAAUAAUCUGCUUUUUCCUAAUUUUGUAAGAAGAAAAUACAAUUUUUUUCCAACUCUCCCGAAGGUUUUCGAUUACUGGUACUUCAAGAGAACCUACAAGGAGGCGAAGAAAAAAAGAAGUAUCCUGAAUUGUCAGUUUUUCCCGUAUAAGUCUGGUCUUAGAGAUCUCUUUGAGGCUUUUGAUAUGCCUGAAGAGCGAGUAAACCAGAUGGAAGGAACUGAACCUUGGUACUUCGGUUGGAGUAACUGCAACUAUGAAAUUGCGAAAAUACUCAGGAAGCACUACUCCAGCCCUUACUUCCUACCCAAAGCUUCAGAAAAUAAUGCCAUUGACUGGAUAUUUAUGGGUGUUCCCGGCAAAGGAGCGCAUCUUCAUGUUGACAACGUGCGAUUGCCUUCUUGGCAGGCUCAAUUGAGAGGAGUUAAGGAGUGGAUUUUGGCCCCACCACCUGAAUGCUACUACAAAUGUUCUUUCUUCUCGGCAGUAGUGAAGCCAGGAGAGAUAAUUGUUUUGGACACAAACCGUUGGUAUCACCAGACCAAUGUUCUUCCCGGGGACAUUAGUAUUACCAUCGGAGCUGAAUAUGACUAGAAGUAUUCAAUC